CAGCAGGGCAAGGUACUUGUACUUAAACAGAGGUAAAAGAAGAAACGGAGGACAGGGGGAUAGAAGGUGGCUUGGAGCAAUUGAAAAGAGAGCGAGGGAAACAGAUGCGAGGGAACUAAGACAGCGACAGGGAAGAAGUGAAACAAGGCAGAAAAAGAAGAUACUUUGAGAAAAAAACCCACCAAAAUCAGAAGUGAAGUGUGGAAAAAGGGAGGGAGGAGAGGAAAGGAGAGUGGUGGUUUGUGGACCAAAGAGGCAGAGAAAUAAAGACGUGUAGCGAGAAAGAAGAAGGGGGGGGGUAAAGGAGAGCGGAGAGCGGCACGCUAUAGAAACAAGAGAAAGCGAGAAACUGAGAGCGUGACUGACUGACAGACAGCUGGCUCGGGAACCACAGAGAAAGAUGCAUGCCCUCCUGCUGCUUGGCUGCGUCAUCCUCGCCGCAACGGAGUACUUCCUCGGCUCUGCCCACAUGAUCCCCGAGGAGAGACUCUCCACCAAUAGGGUUGUAUCUAAUGCUCUGUCUCAAAGCCUAGAGAUAGGUACACCCCCUGUUGUUAUUGUUGAGUUACCCAAAACAGUGAAGAAGAACAAGAAAGCAAAGAAACAAAAAAAGAACAAAUUUGGUGUGAAGAAGCGCCCUCCUCCUCCUGCUGACUGCAUUCCCUUGUGGGGAAGCUGUAAAUCUCCAGGCAAUGUGUGCUGUGAUUUCUGUGCCUUCUGCCAGUGUCGGCUCUUCAGAACUGUCUGUUAUUGUCGAAUGGGCAACCCUCGCUGUUGAACAGCCAGCUGCAGCGCGACCCAGCUCCAAGCCAACAGAACAAAGCUUCAUGCUAAAGCAAAAACCACUGGAAGUGAGGUGAAUCACUUCUUGGUUUGGUCCUUGGUUUGUAACUUUGCCUAAAAUUCACUGCAUGAAAGCACUUUAUCACAGAGGACUGCACCACAGUGAACUUUCCUAAAAUCUUACAGGGUGUAAUGCUUGUAGCACUUCCAUGAAACUCACAAAUAAAAUGUUUAAAACAUUUUUUUAUUUUACUUUGAGCUUUAAGCAUGCAUACAUAGAAUAUAUUUGCUCAGUUUUGUAUAUUGCUAUAUUUUUUACACAUACAUACAUGAAUGUGCAGUAUCAUACUUAAAUGGGUAUCAAAUAUUUUUAAGAAGUCAUGUAAGAAUAAAGUCGCUGUGCUAUGUUUUCUA